AUGAUAAUAACAGAGGAUGAUGAAGAAGAGAUAAGUGAGCUGCGGAAGAAUCUGUUCAAUGAGUUCGAGAUGAAGGACUUGGGUCUUCUCAAAUACUUCUUAGGUAUAGAAGUGUUAAGAUCCAAACGAGGGAUCUUCAUGAAUCAAGGGAAGUAUAUACUCGAUCUUCUCGCUGAAGCCGGGAUGGUUGAAUGCAAGCCUGCAGAUACUCCGAUAGUACAGAAUCAUGGACAGCAAAUACGAGAAGGAGCUAAGCUUACAGACAGGGGGAGAUAUCAAAGGCUUGUUGGGAAACUUAUUUAUCUCUCCCACACAAGACCCGACAUAUCAUAUGUUGUGGGAGUAGUAAGCCAAUUCAUGCAUUCACCACAGGAGGAUCAUUGGGAGGCAGCCCUCAGGAUAGUUCGAUACUUGAAGGGAACUACAGAACAUGGACUAUUGUUUGAGAAACAUGGGCACCUAGAGAUACAUGGAUUUACUGAUGCUGAUUGGGCCGGUAACCCAAAUGACAGAAGAUCAACGACGGGCUAUUUUACCUUUGUAGGAGGUAAUCUUGUCACGUGGAGAAGUAAAAAACAAAAGGUGAUAGCGUUGUCGAGUGCUGAAGCAGAAUUCAGGGGAAUUAAAAGUGGUUUGACCGAGAUACUGUGGCUGAAAAGGCUUAUGACAGAGCUAAGUCUUCAUUCGUCGCACCCUUGCAGGAUGUUCUGCGACAAUAAGGCAUAUCAGAAAAUCCAGUCCAACAUGAUCGAACUAAGCACGUGGAAGUGGAUCGACACUUUAUAA